GGUUGCUAUCACUAACGUAAAUAUGAUAAUUUAUAUCAAAAAGUUUCGCAUAAGUGACUUUUUUCAACUCGAAAUCUCUGCGUCAGUUUGUUGUACUCAAUCAUGGAUGUCAAAACCUUGCUUGACAAUCUUAAGGAUGAAGUAUCCUGUUCUGUGUGUAUGACAACAUUUACUGAACCAAAGACUCUGCCAUGUUUGUACAGCUUCUGUCUACAUUGUUUAAACGGGAUCUUACGAACAAGUGGGCGCCAUCAUGCAUUUCUCUGUCCUGAAUGCCGAAGAGAAGUCCAAGUCCCCAGCAGUGGAAACCUCAAGGAUCUUCCGACAAACUUUUGUAUCAACAGUUUGCUAGAUGUGCUGGCCAUUAAAGAAUCCCAUACCACAGGAGUGAAAUGUGGAAACUGCGACAAAAGUAGCAGACACAGUUCUUACUGUUUUCAGUGCUGUGCUUUCUGGUGUGACGAGUGCAUCACUGCGCAUAACAUGAUCAAAGCGAAUAAAGAGCAUCGAGUUCUCGCUCUAAAGGAUUUUGAGGAUCAAGACAUCGAGGAUGUAUUUAAGCGGCCAGCAUUUUGCCAACAGAAGCAUCACGAAAAAGAAGAACUCAAGUUCUUUUGCAAGAACUGUGAUGUUGCCAUUUGCAAUUCGUGUGUUGCAACCAUCCAUGAUGGUCACGUUAAGAUUCUUCUAGAAGAAGCAGCGAGUGAACGCAAGUUACAAGUCGAGUCUUUGAUCGAGUCGCAAAAAGAGAAAAUUGAACAGAUGAAAUACAAAAUUGCUGUCCUUGAGAGACAGUGUAACCAUAUUGAAGCGCGAACCGACGAAGUGAAACGAGACAUCAACAGAUUUGCUGAAAAUAUGACUGCAGCCAUUGAAACAAAGAGGAAGGAAAUGUUAAACAAAGUUGAAACCCAACGGAAGGAAUCCCUUCGAUGCGUACAAACUCAUCAAUGCGAGGUAACGCGUCAAGUUACAUUGGUGGAAACAGCAGUCGAAAAAACUGUAACACUUUUAAAACGAUGUACAAGCGCCGAGAUUAUCCAGUUGGAUAAGUCACUGAACACAGUCUUUCCGGAAGAGGUCAGCGAUGAUGGAAAACAAGCCGCAUCUGACAUCGAAGGUCUUCGUCAUUUCCGUUUCACAGAAAACAAAACCUUACUUGAUAGUUUAAACUCUGACAGCAUCGGCUCAUUUGUUACCUUUGUGACUAAAACUAUCGCUCAUCAGUCAACUGCCGAAGGAAAAGGAAUCACUGAAGCGAUUGUUGGACUUCAAUCAAACUUUUUAUUAACAACAAGAAAUACAGAGGGAGAACAAUUGUACCAUGAGCGUGACUGUGUAAUGGUGGAAAUCAAAACUCAGGAAGGCGAUGACUGUGCCACGGAAGUGCGAGUCCAAGAUAACAAAGAUGGUAGCUACAAAAUCAGAUAUUUCCUCAAAGAUACAGGAAAAUGUCAACUAUCAGUGAAAGCAAAUGGAGAACAUAUUCGUGGCAGUCCAUUUAAUGUUGAGGCGAAACCCAGACAGUUUAGACCCUUGUUAUCUUUUCGACAAAUGGAUUUGUCAGUUGCCGGAACGCUUAACGACCCAUAUGGAGUGGCAGUGUAUGAACGAGAUGAAAUUUUAGUGACUGACACUUCUAACAGCAGGGUUCAGGUAUUUAGUAGUGAUGGAACUUACUUAAGAUCUUUUGGUAGGAAGGGUGAUAAACAAGGAGAGUUUGAUUUCCCUACUGGCAUAGCGUAUGGUAAGAAUAAGAACAUAAUUGUUGUGGACACUGAUAACCACCGCGUUCAAUUUUUCAAUGAUCAAGGUGAGUACCUGAACCAGUUUGGUGGUAAAGGAAAUCUUGAUCACCAGCUGAGUAGUGCUUUUGGUUUAUCUGUUGACGGGAAUGGAAAUAUCAUUGUUGCCGAUAAGGGCAACAAAUGUAUAAAAACUUUUUCAUCCGAUGGCCAGUUUUUGUAUAAACUUGGUGAAGGUGAAGCUUUUACUGCUCCUCGUCACUGUAUUCAAUAUAACAAACAUCUUAUAGAGUCAGACAGUGGUGAACAUUGUAUCAAAGUGUUUGAUAUAAAUGGUGAUUUUUUGUACAAAUAUGGAAAUAAGGGAAACGGGGAUGGGCAGUUCAAUGAACCUCGUUUUUUUUUAGUUGACAAGGCAGGACACCUGAUGGUCUGUGAUAGAGACAAUCACAGAGUUCAGGUAUUUGAACUGAGUGGUAAAUUUGUAACAAAGUUUGGAAAGAGAGGUAAUGGGCCAGGAGAGUUCUACAGUCCAUGUUGUACAGCAGUUCUUAGUGAUGGCAGGAUAGUUGUGGCUGACCGGUCGAACAGUCGUAUUCAGAUACUUUGGUAAAUGUUGAUAAAUGCAACUUCUGUUACAUUCAAACUUUGAAGUAAUCCUGAAAAAAGCUGCAUCACAACACCUAGGUUUUUUUUUCUUUCUGGUUUUAAUUGGUGUAUCAUAUCUUAAGAUUCUAGUUUAUUAGUGAGGGAAAACACCAGAGAUCGAAGAAAAAUUGCUGUGAUAGUGCUUUAGAUUCUAGUUUGUUAGAGAGAGCAAACACUAGAGAUUGAAGAAAAAUUGUUGGGAUAGUGUAUUCACUAUUGAAAGAGAAGCAUCAAUCAAUAAACUGAGUUUGAUCGAAUGAGGAAAGUAAGAA